AGUUAUGAUAAGUUCGUAUGGGACGCGAGCAUUUCGCGUGAACCGUACGUGGAUUCGAUGGGCGACGUGCCAGCGUGUAUAUACCCUGCUGGGACGGGUAAUGUCCGGUAUUACCAACAGCGGGAACAUAUCCGAGCGCUCGCGGCGACGAGGGGGAUAGUAAGGGACCCAUAUGAUCCUGUCACAUCCCCAUGUGCUUCCCCCCCUCUGGAGGGAAUGAGGAGUCCAAUCAUAUGACUGAUCCCCUCUGGUGUCAACCCCUCAACGACACCUAUAAGAACGAGAAUUUCUCUGCGAGCUUGCCUCGGUGACUCUUCUUCCACUGACCAUCACCAUCACCUCCCUCCAACUUGAAGAGUCCACAGUCGCUUCAUCAUGAGUUACAACAAGCGGAUUGCCGCAAACCCCUAUAUUGUAGGGACGUUCGCAUGUAUUGGAGGGGGGUUAUUCGGAUUAGACAUCUCGUCUAUGUCCGGCGUCUUGAGUAACCCCGCAUACCUCAAGACCUUUCACAAUCCCGGUUCAAAUGCGCAGGGUGCUAUCGUAGCAUCCAUGCCGGCUGGUUCUCUUCUCGGUGCACUCCUGGUUACAAAACUUGCCGACUCGCUGGGCCGCAAGAAGACCAUCAUCCUAGCCAGUCUUAUCUGGGUUAUCGGUGCUAUACUGCAAUGUGCUUCGGUGGACCGUGGUAUGCUCGUGGUUGGCCGUAUCAUCGCUGGUAUCUCCGUCGGUAUCUCCUCCGCCAUCGUACCGGUCUACCAAUCAGAGAUCACCGCUCCCGCCAUUCGUGGUCGCCUGGUUUCCUUCCAGCAGUGGUCGAUCACUUGGGGAAUCCUGUUGCAAUACUUUGUCCAGUUUGGAUGCUCCUACAUCAAUGGCACUGCCUCGUUCCGUAUCCCAUGGGGGCUCCAAAUGAUACCUGCCAUCAUUCUUGGCAUCGGCAUGACAUGGUUCCCUGAAUCACCACGUUGGUUGGUGGAUCACGACAGGGAACAAGAAGCAUUGCAGAUUCUCGCCGAUCUCCACGGUGGUGGAAAUAAACAGGACGAACUUGUCGUUCUCGAGUUUGAAGAAAUCAAGCAACAGGUAUACUUUGAACGGAACGAGGGUGCCAAGUCUUACAUGGACCUCUUCAAACCUGGUGUCUUCCGUCGUGUUAUCCUCGGUUGUUCUCUUCAAAUGUGGUCCCAGCUGUCCGGCAUGAAUGUCAUGAUGUAUUACAUCAUCUACGUUUUCCAGGGCGCUGGUUUGACCGGUCGUCGUGGCAACCUGAUCGCCGACUCCGUGCAAUACAUUCUCAACGUACUCUUCACAGUCCCCGCUAUCUGGUAUAUCGACAAGUGGGGCCGCCGCUGGAUGCUAAUUCUUGGAUCGUUCUUUAUGGGCGUUUUCCUUUCCCUCGUCGGUGGUCUCCAAGGCGGAUUCGGCGAAUGGGGGGUUGUCGAUAAUUCGUCUGUGUGGGUCAUCAAUAACCAUCCAGCCGUCACGAGGGCUAUCAUCGUCUGCUCGUAUUUGUUCGUAUGCUCUUUCGCGAUCACGAUGGGCCCGGCGUCGUGGACGUAUCCUGCAGAGAUCUUCCCGAUGCGCGUGCGUGGUAAGGCCGUCUCGAUCUCCACGGCGACCAACUGGAUGUUCAACUUUGCCCUCGCAUGGGCAGUCCCACCGGCACUGAGCUCCAUUGCAUGGAAGACAUACUUUAUCUUUGCCGCGUUCAACUUUGCUGCUACAAUCCACUUCACUUUCUGCUUCCCGGAGACGGCGCAACGUACCCUGGAAGAAAUCGAGGAGGUAUUCGCACAAGGACAUGCAUUCGCCGCCUGGAAGAUCAAAAGAAAUGUUGGAAGGAAGAACUUGCACGAAGUUCUUGCCGAAAAGGGUGAUAGGCACUCGCUGCAGGCCAAGGAGAGUGCUUGAUGAAUACUUUCCUGUCUUUUUUUUUCCUGCGACUUGAAUAGUGUAUUUUUGUUUUUCCUAUUGAAUCUAG